UUAACAAGCAUACCUAAUUGCUCGACUAAACAUAAUAAUCCUCGACAACUAAACUCCCACGAGUCACUUAAUACCAGACAAAUCAGUCAAAAUGAAGUUCACCAUCGCUGCUGUUGCCCUCGCCACUGGCGUUUCGGCCUCUUACCCGGUUGCCUCUUACUCGGCCUCCGCUAACACCACCACCGCCGCUACCACCACUGCCGCUACCGCCUACACCACCGAGGUCGUUACCUCCUACGAGACUUACUGCCCUGGCCCCACCAAGAUCACCUACGGCUCCAACACCUACACCGUCACUGAGGCCACUACCCUGACCAUCACUGACUGCCCUUGCACCAUCAGCAAGCCCGUCUACACCACCUCGUCCGUCGCCUGCACUACUUGCACCUCCGCCCCGGUCCCUGUUUACCCUACCUCGGCCCCGGCUCCUCCCCCGGUCUACCCCAACAGCACCGCUCCGGCCGUCACCCCCAGCUCUGCCCACUCCACCGGCAGCAUUCCCAGCACCAGCACCACCCCUAGCACCAUCCCCACCGCUGGUGCUGGCAAGGUCGCCGCUCUCUCCGGUGCUGGCCUCGCUGGUCUUCUCGGCCUUGCUGUUGCCGCCCUAUAAAUCAAUUCCUAGUUUCGCAUUCGCGUCUAUGACCUACGAUUCUCCUUUGUUCGAUAGUACCUAAUCUCUGGGGAUCGAGAGGGAACGCUUUCGACGCUCAUGACGGGAAGCAAGCUGGAGUUGUACUGGGAUGGCUGGCGUGUGUUUUAGACUUGGGACUGU